CAUCUUGAAAGGUUUUUCGUUUUCUCUCCAAAGCUCAGGGUUGUUUACUUUUUCUGCCAACUCCUUCGUAGAAGGAGAAGUUUGUCCAUUUUGUGAAUCCCAAGUUGUCAAACUCUGUCGAGAGGGCGACUCGCUUUUUAGGUCCAUCUUGUAUUUUUAUUUUGACAUCAGGACUGCUUUCAAGCUUCCUGUGUUUGUUGAGUACUACUGCACCAAGGGCCACAUUUACGGAAUAAGGAGGAGUGUUGGCACCAGACCAUUACCUAUUGAUGAUUUGGGUUUGGAUGGGUCAAACUAUCAAGUGUGGUUGGAGGGACAGAAUCAUCAACUAGAGUUG